UAUCACCUGUAAUAUUUCGAUCAACCACUUUAAAGGUGAACCAGGCAGCAUUAUAACACACAGAUAAAUUCAAUACUGAACACUAAUGGCUCAUCCCUUACCCCCAAAAACAUCUAUAAUUCUAGUCUAGCCUGUCCCUGUACCAACAUGCUUUGAUUCAUGGGAUGAAAGUACAUCUCUCCUAUCCAAAGUGGCCAAUGUGCAGUACAUUUGACAAACCAGAGGAUGAAAGUGGAGUGAAAGAGCAAGUAAAAAGGAAGAGGCUGCAAGGCUCUUAUUGUGUAAGACUGGGGUAAAGCAGAGUCCCGGCACCAGCCCGACAGGACACACUGAACCGGUUUCCAUGACAACAGAAUUCUAAUGACUGCACCCCUGGUUUUUGCUUUGAUGGAGAACGAUGCACGUUUCCACACCUUUUCCCUUUCACAGAAAAUUUCAAACUCUUUUCAGGGCCAUUUGUAUCUCGCAGUGCUCCUGAAAAACAUCAGCAAGUUCAAUGUGAUUUAGCUAGACAGAAGAUAAAAUCUUAAAUCAUAAUCUUUUGGUCAUGUCCUCCCCCCAUCCCCCAUCCCUCCAUCCAAUUUGCUCAUGCUCUCCCUCUGUGAUCUACCCAUGUGACCAAAACCAGCUGUUCAUUGGCUGGCAUCACAAAGGCAUCUGCCCAAUCGGUGCAGAUCACUCAUAUAAACAAGCAAAGCAGCGUUCUAAGGAUUCAGAACUGAUUCUUUCUUUCAGUGAGGAGUCAAAGAGAAAUACUACAUUGGGUUCUACUAUUUUUUUGCCCCCCUCUUUCUCAUACCUGCACGCAGACAAUCUAUUCUUGCUGUGGGACCAUCUGCUGUCGCCUGCAUCACUUCUCUCGCCCCAUUGCCACUGUGACCAGAUAAACGGGUUUAUGGUUCAUUCCUUUAAUACAAAUAUUGAAAUUUCUGCACUGACACAUGGACAUGGCUGUGACAUGUGGAGAAAAAACAGAAAUGGUACACCACCCAAAGUGUCACAUUGCGAUUUAACACGGUGGGCAGUGGCAGGCCACACAGACCCUUGCUGAAAUCAGAGAUGUUGAGCCAGGAGGACCCCAAAUCACGUCCAAUGCUAGAACUACGAGAGAAACUCCAGCCAGAGGUGACCGAGCUGAUCAAACGGCAGAGGUUGAACCGGCUGUGUGAGGGGACCUGCUUUAGGAAGAUCAGUGCUCGUCGCAGACAAGACAAGUUCUGGUAUUGUCGUCUAUCUCCAAACCACAAAGUGUUACACUAUGGAGACAUAGAGGAGUUCUCACAAGGACAAAUAUCACACGACUCUCUCCAGGAGAAAGUGACAGUGGCAGAUAUCAAAGCUUUGGUAACAGGGAAAGACUGCCCACAUAUGAGGGAGAAAGGAGCACUUAAGAAUAAGGAGCAGCUGGAGUUGGCCUUUUCCAUUCUCCAUAAUUCUGAUGAAUACCUGAACUUCAUUGCUCCAGACAAGCAUGAGUUCUGUAUUUGGAGUGAUGGCUUAAAUGCUCUUUUGGGAAAAGAGAUGACAAGUGAGCUCACAAAAUCAGAUAUGGACACUCUGGUUACUAUGGAGCUGAAACUUCGCCUCUUGGACCUCGAAAACAUUCAGAUUCCUGACGUCCCACCUCCUGUUCCCAAAGAGCCCAGCACUUACGACUUUGUUUACGACUUUACCCAGCAGCACACUUGAGACUGGAAUAAAGUCAAGCUGAAAAUCAGCUGUAAGGAAGAAGUACUCACCUUUUUGCUAUCUGUUCCCUCUUUCCUCUUGUAUGGAUGGACUCGUGUUCAAAUCAUACAUUUUCCCUCUAGAUUGUGACUCUGAUGUGAUUGUGAUGCUUUCUUUUUCCUUUAAAUGCCUCUCAUGACUUCUGCAAAGAGAAAAACUCACAGUAACAUUUCUUCUGUCAUCAGUUUUAAUGAACUCAAAUUGGGGUAUCAUUCACAACUUUGUAUAUGUCUAGUCUAGUGUAACACUGACAAUUGAUUUGUUUCACAAUCAUAUCAAAUAAAAUGAAAUCUGCAUUUACAUUAAAUCAUAACCACAUUCAACUCACAGGACAGUUAGAUUAUUGUGCUAGUCAUUAGACUGAAGAAUGAUUCCAGAGUAAUCAGGUCAACUAAAUGACACUGAACAUUAAAGUUACGGUAAAGGAUUAUUUCCAAUGUACGUUUAAGAUAUACUGUUUAUACAUACACACACAUCCAGUAAGCAAGAAUUAUUAUACGAGCAGGUGUUUUGAAAACACAUUUUUGCAUUUAAAGAUAAAAAGGCCAUUGAUUGACUAAGUCAGAUCCCUUUUCCCGUUCUUCAAUAUACAGUUUGAAUUACAAUACAUUUCAGUUGUUUAAUCAUUAGCACUGCAGUUUCAUUCACAGGCAAUUUGGACUUUUGAAGUGCCAUCCCAAACACUUUGAACAUGUCAUCCACCCUGAGAUCAUUGCGCUGUUCACUCAGAUAAUCAUAAUUGAGUUUUCAUUGACAUCAUAAACACUU